AUAAAACAUGGGGCCGCAGUGUACAGUUGGGAGUGGGUAAUACUUUUAUAGAUUUUACAAUAUAUUGUUGUCGUUUGGAUGAAAUAGGGAUAAAAUUAACACAAACGUCUUUUAUUUGAAUGUAGUCGCCAUAGCGACCAUCACGCAUCAGCGCGUGUGGAAGCACGAUUUUUUUUGCUCGAUUGCUUCAAUGUCUGAAUUUGUGCCUCGAUUUCACGGCGUGAAUUGAAAAAGGAAUAAUAUAGUUAUCAUUAUGUGUCUUGGACCAGUAAGAAGAAUACGUGCUGUCGAAAAGUAGGAAGGUUUUUUUAUUUCGGAAACUGCUGAAUUGAGAGUCUGAUUGAGCUCUUCGGUAAAUCUGAGAAUGGAGGCUAAAGAAAGUCAAAUACGCGAGGUUACCAAUACAAAAUACCUCGUCGCGUUUGAUGCAAAUUUAAAAGCAGCUUACCCUGUGAGAAGUGAUUCAGAGACUGAGGAAAUUAUUCUAAAAUUACGGCAGACUUUGGCGACACCACCACCUCAGUCAGAAAGAGAUGCAGAAGCACAGAAAGCUUUAGCAGUUUUGCCGUCGAAAAAAGUCGAAGUAAAAGACAAGAAUGUUUUGAAAUCUGUUAUUCCUAUCACAGAUCCUAAUUCACACAGAGAAAUAUUAACAAUGGAAGGUGUGAUAAGAGGAAAGUCACACGAGCAUUUCAAUCAAGGCAUUGAACACUCGUUGCAGGGACAGUUUGAGGCUGCUAUAACAUGCUUCAACAAAGCAACAAAUCUAGAGUCACGGUCGGCUAGCUUUUAUGUAGAAAGAGCGGAAACUUUUGUUCAACUCAGUGACUUCAAUUCCGCUGUUUUAAAUUACAAGCAUGCACGAAGUCUUGAACCCCACGACCCUAAUAUAAUUGAUCGACUUGCGUUUCUAUAUUACUUGCAAGGCCAAUGUCUUUUCGAUCAAGGUUUAUAUCCAAGUGCUUUGAAAUCAUUCACAAGCGCUUCAGAGAUGCGAUCGUCUAACACAGCUUAUCACAUGAGGGCAAUAGCAUGCCUCGCUGCAUUAGGGCGGCACAAGGAAUGUCUCAUGCUAAUAACUCGAAUUCUGGAAGCUCAAUCGACAGCAAAUCCAGAGCUUUAUGUCAUGAGAGCGAGGCUACAUGAAAUGUUCGGGCAUUCAUCUCUUUGCUAUUAUGAUCUACGCGACGCCUUAGUGCUAGAACCAUUACAACCCCAAGCUAAUAAACUCCUACAAGAGUUACAAUCUAGAGCUGCUGAAAGUCGAAAAGUAGCGUCGACUCUUACGAUCGAAGGAAAACUCCAUGAAGCUAUAAAUCGAACCACAGCUGCGAUAGAAACAGAUCCAUCAGUUGCAGAGUUCCAUGUAUUUCGAGGUGCCUUGUAUCGUCGGCUCAAAAAUUUUAAUGCAGCGAUUGAUGAUUACAUGCUUGCAAUGGAUAAAACCAACCACGACGAGACUAAACCGGUUUAUAAGGACGCACAAAGACAACUUUUAUUAACAUACAAUGAUUUCGCAGUGUAUUGUUACCAAAGGGGAUACUAUGAAGAGGCAGUAAUACUUUUAAACAAAAGUAUUAAAGGGGAGAAAAACGAGAAGGGCUUGUAUAUAAAUAGAGGAGACUGCUUUAUUAAACAAGGAGAUUUAACAUUUGCAUUAGCAGAUUAUCAGCAAGCAUUAGAAAUGGACCCGUCAAGUUGGGAAACAAAAUGUCGAAUAGCUGUUGUACAUAACGAACUGGGCAUCAUUUCUUACAAAGAAAAAAAAUACCAAGACGCAUUACAGCACUUUAUUCUUGCCAUCGAUUAUAACCCAAAAGUUUCACAGUUUUACAUCCACAGAGCUCGUGCAAGAUACAUGAACCAGGAACUGCAAGCCGCUCAGCAGGACGUUUUAAUUUCAUUAAUUUUGGAUCCGAAUAACAACGAAGCUGUACCUCUAGCUUCACGAUUGUUCCCCGGACGCUCAUUGACUGAAGUAUUAAGAAGUGGGGCAGCUUCAGAUGCUCAGAGAUUCCUUCAAUCGGCGAUUGGCUCAAAUAGGAGUUAACUGUGAUAUAAACAAUUUUUUAUUUUAUUCAAUAUUGUGCUAUUCUAUUACCUAAUCACUAAUUUUUUCAACAUAUUUCUCGUAUAUUUUUCAUGCUAGGUUAGGUUUUGCUCUGCCUUUCUGUUAACAGUAAUAUUAUCUGUAUUUUUUCAUUUGAUAUAGUAUCAUCUUGUUAUUCCCCCACCACUGUUUUCAUAAUAAUAUUUUUAAUCUUUAGGUUGUUGUCCACACCUGUAUAACCUAAGUUAAUUUCAACGAUUGGUCAAAAACCUUGCUACUUAGCAUCACUAAUUUUUUUGAUGUUUUAUCUUUGAUUCUGUUCGAUUUAAGUCACUUUCCUUGCUUGUAUUACUCCGCAACUAAUUUACCUGGUCUGUUUUUUAUGUGUAUAAUUUUGUAUAUAAUUUAUCUAGAAGUUAAAGAACGCAGGAAGGCAAUGAUGCAUGGCUGAGCGGAAUAUUUUAAUCUCAAUCUCAAGUAUUGUUGCUUUCAGCCAUGUUCCAUAGCUGACUGUUUCUUUUAAAAUAUAAUGCUCAUAUUAGUUCAAAUCAUUUGUUCUAAUUCCAAACUUUCAUAUGCCAAAUUUUUUUUCCAAAAUGCAUUUUCUCUUUUAAUGUCUGUAUAUUUUUUUUAGAAAAAUAACUAAACUACCAUUUUCAUGGCUGCUAAUAAACAAGAAACACCUGGUGGUGACAAAGAGCAGAAAAUCAGAGAUUGUUCUGAUUAUUACGAAGAGUAUAAAGCAUGUAAAUCACUAUCAAACAAAAUACAGACUUACUAUGCAUUUGGAUAUUACAAAAAGAAAUCUGAGUGUCAGAGCUGGAAAGAAAUGUUCAAUUUGUGUAAAAAAUGUACACUAGAAAACGAUGAGGAAGCAAAACAAACUCUUGUAGCGAUGGAAAAAGCCAAUGCGGAUGACGUGAUCAGGAAUCGAACAAACAUAUGGACGUACAGAGAUGAACCUCCUCCUAUGUGGCAUUUCCCUGGGAAGUUGGCAGAAGACUUUGCGCCAAAACCCCAACCCCAACCAGAAACUUGAAUUUUUAUGACUUGGGUUCGCCAUCCAUAGUAUAAAAAAAUGAGGGGGCCAUUGUAUAGGGGUUGCCAUCAUUUGCCGAUUUUGCCACGAAUCCCUCAUCGAACCCAUCGCUUAAAUUAUCCAAUUGCGAAAUUCCUAUUUUGGAGAACGAUGAACGAUUUGUAUGAAAACUUUCCAUGUAGAACCAUGUUUAUGAGGACAAUGUGAUAUAUCCAAUGAAUCGCAGCCUGCAGGGGUCCUAAUCUGGACUCUCCGAGUAUUUGAUUCAGACCGAACUUUAUUUUGGAGCAUUGACCGCAUUUAACUUUAAUAUGUGUGAAAAUUUCUGUUAUAUAAUAACUUUCAUUUUGGUUUUUAGAAUAGCACUGUCAUGAUUCUGUGAUGGUGACCGUACAUUUGAACCCAUGUGUAUAUCCGCGGGUUCAAUCAAUAUGCGGAUGCUAAAACCCAUGGGUUAGGUUAGUAUGGGUACAAAUAUCCGUAAAACCAAAAAAAAAUCCAUAGGUGCAAUGGCAUGCAGGUGCAAUUGUCGUGGGUUCAAAUGUACGUGGGUUCAAGUGUAAUGGAACCUUCUGUGAUUGGUGGAUCAUCUCGUAAGUUUUUGUAGUUAUUUACUGGAAAUACUCGAGAAAUUUUCAAUUUUUGUAUAAGGACCUUCAGUAAAAAUAGUUGAGUGCCUCUGAUAUACGGUAUAUCAUAUUUGUUAUACAAAAAUUUGAUCAAAUUGAGGUUGCGGGAUCUUCCCCAGAAGCAUAAGAUGCUGAUCUCUGAGAGAUGCUAAGCAAGUUAUGCGCACUCACUCAGAAGCAACACUGGUACACAUACAGGAGUAUUUGUUUUCUCAACUUGUGUUUGGCUUGAGUGCUUAUUUUUUGUAUCAAAUUUUGAAUUUACUGGAAUCGUUAAAAAUCAGUGGCCGCUUAUACAAGGCAAAAUGCAAGAAGCCAGUAUGCGUUGUAUGAAUAAAAAAAAUCUUAGAGGAAGAGGCGCUGAUUAACUGCCAUAAUGAUUGCUGGCAUGCUUCUGAGCAGUUUGACAAAUUUUGCCUUUUAUAGCACUGAGCCUAUAGCAGCGUUAUGCAAUAUACUUUUUACAAGCA